AUGGUUAUGAUCGUUUUACGGAGACUGAGCUUCAAGGUUUUUAAGCUGUUCAGUGCUCAUGGGGAGAGACCCCAAUGGGUUGAGAUUGAAAGUAUUGGAAAUGAAGCUCUGUUUUUGGGUACCAAUCAAUCCAUUUGUGUCUCUGCGCUGGACUUUCCAGGUUGUCAGCCAAAUUCCUUAUACUUCACUGAUGAUUGUGUGGAUGUGGAAUACCAUAAACCUAAAGGGCCUCAUGACAUGGGUACCUUCGACUUGGAAAAGAGAAGCAUGGGAACACAUUACUGCUUGGAUCGUUCGCAGAAGCACGUGCCACCAACAAUUUGGAUCUUGCCCUCUAUGGUGUGA